CCAAAGCAUUCUAUCCAAGUGUUACUGUGAGACCUGUCAUUGGUGAAGCGAGGAGGAAACGGGUGCACGGCGUGAAGCCGGUUACAUGAGGGAGAAAUAAUUAUUAAUUAUUGGGGUGGACAGCACCAAGUUUGAGCCAUGAGGUUCCGCCGUGUAUCCGUUAGCCUAUGUCUUCUGUUCGUGUACUUGGCUGAUAUGGCUAUGGGAGGUCGAGACUUUUAUAAAAUCUUGGGUGUAUCACCAGGAGCUACUGUAAAAGAAAUUAAGAAGGCAUAUCGCAAACUUGCAUUGCAGCUGCAUCCAGAUCGAAAUCCUGAUGACCCUCAAGCACAAGAUAAAUUUCAAGAUUUAGGUGCAGCCUAUGAGGUGCUUUCUGAUGAAGAAAAAAGAAAACAGUAUGAUGCAUAUGGAGAGGAAGGUCUGAAAGAUGGUCAUCAAAGCUCCCAUGGAGAUGUAUUUUCUCACUUCUUUGGAGACUUUGGGUUCAUGUUUGGAGGGAAUCCUCGCCAGCAGGACAGAAAUAUUCCGCGAGGCAGUGACAUUGUUAUUGAUUUAGAAGUGACACUGGAAGAAGUAUAUUCUGGAAACUUUGUAGAAGUUGAAAGAAACAAGCCAGUAGCUAGACAGGCACCAGGAAAACGUAAAUGUAAUUGUCGCCAAGAAAUGAGGACCACUCAGCUGGGACCUGGCCGCUUUCAGAUGACACAAGAAGUUGUCUGUGAUGAAUGUCCCAAUGUCAAACUUGUUAACGAGCAACGAACUUUAGAAGUAGAAAUUGAGCCUGGUGUUCGAGAUGGAAUGGAAUACCCAUUCAUUGGGGAAGGUGAACCUCAUAUUGAUGGAGAACCAGGAGACCUACGUUUUAAAAUCAAAGUUCUCAAGCACCCAAUAUUUGAGAGAAGAGGAGAUGACCUUUACACAAAUGUAACCAUAUCUCUAGUGGAAGCCCUUACUGGGUUUGAAAUGCAUAUUACUCAUCUGGAUGGUCACAAGGUUCACGUAAUGCGAGAUAAGAUCACUAAGCCUGGAGCAAAACUUUGGAAGAAAGGAGAAGGACUCCCCAACUUUGACAAUAACAACAUCAAGGGCUCACUAAUUAUUACGUUUGAUGUGGAUUUUCCUAAAGAACAGUUAACUGAAGAAGAGAAGAAAGAUAUAAAACAGUUGCUGAAGCAAGGAUCUGUACAGAAGGUGUAUAAUGGACUUCAAGGAUAUUAAGGAUGUAUUGCAUCCAUGGGAAGAAUAGUUGGACAUUUUUUGUGUAUUUUUUUUGUUUUCAUUAUUAUUAAAUAAAUUGUUCCAAUUCUUUAGAGAAAAUCUGUAACUUACUCUACUACACUUUUUUUCUUCAAACGUCUCUAAAUACUUACUGCAAGAAACUGGAAACUGAUCUGAAUUGCGUGACCGUUAUCUAACUGAAAAUGAGCUAAAAGGAAUUAAUUUGUUUAAUCAAUAUAUCAAACAGAAUAUUGCGGUGUAGAUAAUACAAAUACCUCCAUUAUAUUAAUCUAAUGAAAAUCUGUUUUACAACAUGAGCUUUGCAAGAGUAAAAACUUGAGUGACAACUAAUACAAUUUUAUACAGGAAUUGUGUUACUUUUAAUGCUCAUCAUGUGAAUUGACUGCCUAUCAGUAAUAUGUUCUUACAUACUGAAAUAUUCCGUUAUACUACAUCUAAAUAACUGUGCUUUCCUCACUACCCAAAGCGAUGGAACCAAGUCACCCAUAUUUUAGCAUUGCUUGAUGUGGGUCUGUUUUACAUUAUACAUUUUAGCUUAUGGUUGGAAUGGGCUACUAAGCAUACCUGCCUAGCUUUUUUUUUUUUCCCCAAAGGUUUUUGGACCUGUAAAUAUAUGCGGCUAAGGUAGUUCCCCCAAGACCCCCCAGAACUCUGUGAUGAGAUGCCGCCUGCAUAUGCUUUGCAUUAUGCGACACGUGUUUUCCCUACAAUUUCUGAUUUAUAUCUUUUAAUUGUGUUGGAAUUUCAAAAGGAGAGCUUAUCUUUAUGAAAAAAAAGCUGACGUGACCAUGCCACUUUAAAAUAGUGUUUUUAUAUACAUUUUAUAAACCAUAUUUUCAAUUUUAAAA